UCCCCGUCAAAGCCUGUGAUCUCAUCUCGACCCAGUCUUUGUCAGCCUCACGCACCACGGGUUUGUUUCUUGUUGGCUGCGCUUCUGCCAUUACGAGGCCUUAAACAUCGCACAUCGGUCUGCCAACGCUUUUCGCAUCAUCACCGCGUUGCUUCAUCAAUCCAGCAUGAAGAACGAACAUGUCUUUUCACACCUCGCCCAAUCAUGCCCGCGGAACAAGGACCCCGUCCCGACAGCAGCACCCAGACACAAGUUCCGCACUAGAAACCCGCUCGAGUCGCUACUGUUGUACGUGAACUCGCUCGAAAUCAGAGCGGUGGGCUCGAAAAUCUCCCACUCGGCGUCCUCGAUCCGCCGCUCUGUCUCGCAUCGGUUUUCAGACCUCCCGCUUUUUCCGGAGGACGACACCAGCGACGAUUUUGAUGAGACAAACGACUCCACGUUGAUUGACGAGGACUGGUUGGCGUCGCCGUCGCUGAAGCAGAAGACGGCCUCCCCGUGCAUCCAGCCAAGUUUCGUCGAGGAAGCUAGUCCGCGCGAUCACUUCACCAGCAACGCACACUUGCCCAACACCUGCAUCAAAACUUUCACCGUGGCCCAGGACAACCUCCCACGCAUCGAUGAGAACGAGAUGCGCAAGAUUGUGGAAGGCGCAUACGCUGACCAGUUCGACGAGUUCGUGACCAUCGACUGCCGGUUUCCUUACGAAUACGAAGGGGGACACAUCGCCCAGGCGAUCAAUGUAUCUCUGCAGCAGAUUUUGGAGGAACAGUUCCUCAGCGAGGCCAGCACUCAGAGUAGUUGCAGAAAGCUUCUCAUCUUCCACUGUGAGUACUCAGUACUCCGCGGACCCACCUUGGCCACCCAUCUCCGGAAGGCCGACCGGCACCUCAACGCCCACCGCUACCCAUAUUUGCAUUAUCCCGACAUCGUUAUCUUGGAUCGCGGCUACAAAGGCUUUUUCGACAAGUUCAGACAUCUCUGUGACCCGCAAUCCUACGUUGCCAUGAAGGACACCAACCACAAGCGCACCUGUGAGAUCGAAAUGAGCAAGGUCAUGCAGGCUUCAAAACUCACGCGGGCAAAGUCGUUCAACCAGUUCCCGCCUAGAUUGAAUCUCGCACAUACCCGCUCAGCGUCAUUGACAGCACUGCUCACUGGCUCCGACACAAGUAGCUCCGCCAACACAGCGCCGUUGCCUCGAAGUAGAAGGUCUUUGAAGAUCAAGAAGCGGGACAGGAAGGACUCCAGGCCCCAGUUCUCUCAGUCUCUUCUGAACUUCCUGAAUGCUUGCGAUUCGCCGGAAAAGGACGCUCCCAUGUACUCGCGUCUUGACAACGAGGAAUUCUUGCCUCCCACGGCACUAUUCAGAAACCACAGCAAGAGCUCCUCGGGCCUGUUGCUCUCAGUGAACUCGUCGCUGCUGCUGAUAUGCUCGGAGGCACUAUCACCAACGUUUUCCUCCUCGGAAUCGCUUCUGGAAUCCGCAUCACCUUUCAACGACAGACCUGAUUUCUACAAGAGUUUGAGUGCAUUCGACAUUAUCGAUUUCACGACCCCAUUAUCAUCGGUGAACAGCUACAACUUUGCGCAAGACCCUCAAUCAAAGACAACGUCUAUACCGCCUGGCACUCCUGCUACGCAAAAGGCAUUGGGGCUAACUUUAUCGCGUCCCACCAUCAGGCCCGGCUUAAAACAAGAGGGCUCAUCGCCUACUUUCAGCUCGCCGUUAUCCAUCAACGCGGCAUCAACAUAUGCAUCAAGACAGGAUGCGUCAUCAAUGAGUGAUUCCUUAAAUGACGCGCCCGUCGAUUACUUUCUCCAGCCCAAAACUCUUCAACAUCGCCGCCUCGCACGCGCUGGCAACCAUCACAACCAAUCUUCAAACUUGGGUCACGUUGGAGAGUGAUUUCUACCGGGGGUCUUUUUUAAAACAGCAUUAUAAUAUUCGAAACGAGCAUAAAAUCAAGAUUCUUAAACAAUGUAGGAGGCUAUUUUUGUAAUAGGCAAAGGGUGUAUGGUCAAUGCUGACUCAGUAGGAGA